GCUUCGUCGACGCCUAGAAGCAAACACAACGCCCGACGCGCAGCUCUCCAAGACUCCCUUCACGGAUGAGGAUGGCGACCGCGCCCUCGUGCUCGGCUUUUGGGUGGGCUCGAAGUUUAUCAGAGAAUACAAGGUUCAGCUAAUCCCGUACAACGUGACAUCUUGGCUUGACUGAAUGAAAUGGCGGGCGACGACGAGGAAGACGACCCCCAAGUCAACACCACAAUUUCGUUUUCCCAUUUACCCGUCCUUUUCCUCCGACCUCAAUUGAUGACCUUCGUCGACCCAGAAAUGGACAAGCAAGUUCCCUCGUUGAAUAUUACGCUUUUUCCCUAUUGACUGACGCACAUCCACUCAACGAGUCGCCAUUUAUGGUGGUACACCAAGCUUCGAUCUUUCUCAGUAGGGUUCUUUCCAAUUCGAAUGGGUCGAUUUGGGUUCUUCUUCUUUGCUCUGUUUCUUUGCUUCUCCGAUUCCCUCGCUAACCUGACUUCUUCUUCUCCACUCUUCCCUAACCAAACCCUCAUCUCCCCCAACCAGACUUUCGAAUUGGGGUUUUUCGCUCCGGAUAACAGCUCGGAAAACCGCUAUUUAGGGAUUCGAUUCAAGCAAACUUCUCCCCAGGCGAUUGUUUGGGUAGCCAAUCGGGAAACCCCGGUGACGGAUUCCGCGGCGAGGCUAAUCAUUAACGCCGGCGGGAAUUUGGAGCUACAAGAUGGGAGGCGGCGUCGUAUUUGGUCGACCAAUGUUUCUACUUCUGCAGCAAUCGCUUCGCUUCAAGAAGACGGCAACUUGGUGUUGAGGGACAGUUCGACGGGGCAGAAUUUAUGGCGGAGCGGCGAUCACUCCGGCGACACGCUCAUCGAGGGGAGUUGGCUAAUGUUCAACGCCAGCAACCCGACGGCUGAACCGUUCCGCCUCAACUCAUGGAAAUCUGCCGCCGAUCCUUCCCCCGGCGAAUUCACGGCCGGAUUCCUCCUCCAAACCCCGCCGCAGGCGAUCAUACGGAGGAACCAAACGACGUAUUGGAGGUCCGGUCCUUGGGACAGAGCAAGGUUUACCAAUAUCCCAGACAUGGACACCGAUUUCCAGAGCUCACUCACACUGCUCAACGAUCUAGAUCAGGGUUUGGUUUAUCUCUCCUUACGUCCACCUAGAAACUGCACUUAUACAACAUUUGUAAUGUCUUCAUCAGGAUCUCUGGAAUUGAGGUGUUGGGAUAGUAUUAGAGGUUGGUAUGUUAGGUGGCGGACUCCUAAAUCUCAAUGUGAGAAUUAUGGUUCAUGUGGGGAGUUUGGUGUCUGUGAGAGGAAUGAUCCUUUGGUUUGCAACUGCUUGAAAGGAUUUGUACCGAAAUCGGAGGAGGAAUGGAGGCAAGGGAACUGGUCUGGAGGUUGCAUAAGAAGGACCGAGUUGUUAUGUGGGACGAGUAAUGUGAGUAGUACUGGAGUUGGGUUUUUGAAGUUGAGUGGAGUGAAUGUUCCUGAUUCUUCAGAGUUCAUGAGGGUUUGGGACAAUGGCGAAUGCUCGAGGCAGUGCCUGAACAACUGUUCAUGCACUGCGUAUUCGUAUGUGAAUGGGAUCGGGUGUUUAAUGUGGACAGAGAAGGUUGUGGAUUUGCAGGAGCUGGAGUUUGCUGGGCAGGAUUUGUAUCUUCGUCUAGCAAGUACAGAUUUAGCUGACGGGAAGAAGCAGUCUGCAAGGCUGAUCGUUUUACUACCCACUAUUCUGGGAACCCUUGUCAUUGCUGCUUUGGUUUUGGGUUUGAUAAUGUGGAGGAAAAGAAGGGUAAAUACAACGAAGGGUGGAACUGACAACUCGAGUGCACCUUCGAAACGGCUUACAUAUGUGCCUAAGGGUUACCCAGACGAGCUGGACGAGUCAUUGGAGCUGCCCAUGUUUGAUUUGGAGAGCAUUGAGACAGCGACAGACAGUUUCAACACAGAAAACUUGCUUGGCCGAGGAGGCUUUGGUCCUGUUUAUAAGGCCAAGCUACCGGAUGGGAAGGUUGUGGCGAUCAAAAGGCUCUCGAGCAGCUCAGGACAGGGCGCAGAUGAAUUCAAGAACGAAAUCAUGUUGAUAUCUAAACUGCAACACAGGAAUCUCGUGAGACUGGUGGGUUGCUGCAUUGACAAUCUGGAAAAGAUCUUGAUCUAUGAGUAUAUGCCCAAUAAAAGCUUGGACUGUUACCUCUUUGAUUCAACGAAGAAGGCGGAGCUGGACUGGCCAAAACGUUUCAACAUCAUACACGGAAUUGCUCGAGGGCUUCUGUAUCUCCACCGCGACUCGUGUUUGAGAAUCAUACACAGAGAUUUGAAGGUCAGCAACAUUCUUCUCGACGAGAAGAUGAACCCAAAGAUAUCGGAUUUCGGGUUAGCCAGGAAUUUCGAGGGGACACAGGAUUUGACUAGUACUCACAGGGUAGUGGGAACAUUGGGGUACAUGUCGCCGGAGUACUUACUGGCCGGGAUGUUCUCGGAGAAAUCUGACGUGUUCAGCUUUGGAGUACUCGUGUUGGAAAUCGUUAGUGGCAGGAAAACUACCAGCUUCCAUUACGAAGAGCACCAUCCCAGUCUUCUUUCUUUUGCAUGGCGAUCAUGGGACGAAAGCAGGGGAGUGGACAUGGCCGACCAGACAGUGGCCGAAUCGAGCAACCCGUCGGAAGUGAGCAGAUGCGUGAACGUUGGACUGCUCUGCGUGCAAGACCAUGCUUCUGACAGGCCAACAAUGGCGGGCGUGGUCUCAAUGCUUAAUGGUGAAACAACUCUCCCCCAGCCGAAUAAACCGACGUACACAUUCCAGAACAAGACCCCGAAUCCUGCGAUCUACUAUCCUCAAUCUUCUUCCAGUGCGGAGAAAUGGUCCAUCAACGACUUGACUGAAUCUAUCAUCGUUGAAGGCCGAUGA